GAAAUUAGGAAAAAUCGACAAACCUUAAGGUCGCCAUCUUACCCUCCCCUUUUCCCUACAUAUCAAUUGCUCAUAUAUGCAUAUAAUUACAGGCAUCACUUUCGUUACAUUUUUCGUUACAAAUGCAUUUAUUCCGUGUUGGAGUGCACACGUUCCUUAAGGGACACGCCUUUUCUUUUUGUUCGGGACACUUUUGUACUUUAUCGAGUACUCCUUUCUUUUUAACGCUCUUGGGAAGUUAAUUCUCUCGUGACAUCUCUGCUGGCUCUCUUCUUUUUCGGAUCGGAUGCCCACCGGGGGAGAGAACAACCCUGAUGAGCAACAGACAACGGAGUGCUCGAACUGGGAAUUCGAGAUCUCGGGCGACUGUUGCGUUUUCGUCGCAGCGCGGCGAACAGAUGAAGGGAACUUGUUCGGUUUCUGACUCGAUCAAUUGUUAAUUGCAUUAUGACGAGUCCAUUCGCGUACGAGGACGCGAGCUGGGAGGAAAGAGGAAGAGAGGACGAAAAGGGAGGGAAGUAUAGCGGCGGCUAUACUCUAUGUGCUAUACUCUGACCUGAGGAAGCCCCUGGCACUACUCUUUCUCUUUCUCUCUCUCUCUCUCUCUCUCUCUCUCUUUCUCUCUCAGGUCGUCUUUCACUUCGUUCGUCUCUUUCCCGCUGAUCUCUCCGCUUCCUCCUGAACACGGCGGAACCCUCUCUCCCUCCGGCGGUGAUAUAAACCGCGUCUUCCCCUCUCUCUUCCGCUUUCUCUCUAUCUGGCGCGGUGGCGGCGGCGGUGGAGAGGACGGCCGCGACGUGGACGAUCGCGCGGUGGUGGUACCUGGCGAACGGUGGUCUGCCUGUCUGCUUGCCUGGUUUGCCUGCCUGCCUGCCUGCUCGCUCGCUGCCUGGAGAACGGCUAUGUCAGUCUGUGCUGCUCCGUUGCUGGCCUAGCGGCCGGCCGUGUGAUUCCGACCAAUCAACCGGAGCGGAGUAGAGACAUAUAUUUUACUUUUGCUCUCUCUCUCUCUUUCUCUUCCUCUUUCUCUUUUCGCUCGUCUUCCUGUUCUCUCCCUCUCCUUUUCCUUUCCGCCCAUCUCCGUUUUAUGCCCCAGGCCCAUCCGCCCGCACCUCCCUGGUACCGCCGCGCUCGCGUUCGCCCGAUGUUCGGACUGGGGAACAGGAAGGUCCUCAAGUAUUCCGCCAUCGAGACGUCGCUCUCCAUCGACGUCGAGGAUACUGUCACGUGCUUCUGCAGAAAGGCCAGACGAAAGGAGAAGGAUGCGGGAACCACGGAGGAUCCAAAAUUGUACCUGGAGGAGGCCGCCCUCGAGAGGCAGCUGCCGGAACUGGACCUGAGGAUGCUCGUGGACCUCCCGCCCGGCCUGGACUACAACGAAUGGCUGGCGUCGCACACUCUCGCAUUGUUCGACCACAUUAAUCUCGUCUACGGCACGAUAUCCGAGUUCUGCACCAUGACGGGCUGUCCCGACAUGACCGGUCCCGGCUUAAGAACGUAUCUGUGGUUCGACGAAAAGGGAAAAAAAACGAGAGUUGCAGCGCCACAAUAUAUAGAUUACGUUAUGACAUUUACGCAACGCACCGUUAGCGACGAAACUAUAUUCCCUACAAAAUAUGCAAACGAGUUUCCGAGCUCGUUCGAAUCGAUAGUGCGUAAGAUCCUGCGGCUACUGUACCACGUAGUGGCACACAUCUACCACUGCCACUUCAGGGAGGUGGCGCUUUUGGGGUUGCACGCUCACCUCAAUUGUGUAUUCGCCCACCUCACGCUCCUUAAUCAACGCUUCAACCUUAUAGACCCCAAGGAGACGGAGAUCCUGGGGGACUUAGAGGCCGCCCUCUUGGGUGACUCAACAUCCGCGCCUUCGCAGACUUUAGCCAUCCAGGAGACUCCGACCACGAACACUAGCAGUACCACCUAGAUCGCUGCGAUGCGUCAUAGCGUGCGAGCAGAGGUUGCAGUUCCUGAGACUAGGUGACGAUAGGCGAUACGUUCGUUCAUUUUCUUUUUGUCUCCUCUUUUUUUUCUUUUUGUAGACUACGUGCGAAAAAUAAGAUUCAUCGCGAUAUGAUCGGCCGGUAAGAAAGAGAGAGAUAGAAGAAGUAGUAUGAGAGACUGAGAGAAAGAUAGUGAGAGAAUGCGAGAGUGAAUGAGAGAAAGCAGUGGUUCUGUAAAAACAAGAAGAUAUACCAGUAGUACCUGUACAUAGCGAAGUGUGAACAACUAUAUGAUGUAAUUAGGUUCCUCCGUUUGUUGUUUGUGAGAUUGUACAUAAUUUAUUAAACGCUAAGAUACACGAGAAAGGCGGUAAAGAGAGAUAAAGAACGAAAGAGAGAAGAUGAAGGAGAAAGAGAGUGACAGCGAACGAAAGAAAGUAUGCGCGAGAGUGACAAAGAACGAAUUGAUUAUUAUUGACAAAGUUAGUUGCUAUAAGAGAUAAUUUGUUCUGUAAAAAAAAUGAUACAAUAAUAAUAUUGUAAAGUUAAAAUAAUACCAAAUAUAUACCUGGUGUUAAGGC